AUGUCCAGGACCAAUAUUCACAUCCCAAGCCUUGGCGGAUCCAAUGCCUUCACCCGGACUCUGAGCAAGGAAGACGUGAAGAUCUGUGUAGCCGUCGAAGAAGCAUUUACAGAGCCAGAGAGAUGCUCUGAAGAAAAGUUCUACUAUCGCCUGGGAGCAUGCCCGGAGCUAUGUCUAGGACUCUUUGUUGAGAAUGAGCAAGACCCAGCUUCAUCCACACUCAUUGGACAUGUCAUUGCAGUGCGCUCUCCCUAUACGCGUAUCACGGACGGAUCGAUGUCCAUGCCGGAGAAUUGGCGAACACUGCCGGAUGAUGAGCCUGUUUUUGUCAAUGAUGAAUUAAUCGGAAAUCACAAGUACGGCGACACUAUUGCAAUUCACUCUGUUGCUAUUUCACCGGAGUAUCAGGGCAAAAAAGUUGGGAGAGCUCUGGUUCGGGCGUACAUUGAGCAUCUUGGGAGGGGUCGUUUUGGGGCGGGCAGGGUUGUGCUUAUUGCGCAUGACUAUUUAGUGAACUUUUAUGAGAGUGUUGGGUUUAAGAACCAAGGGAGAAGCCAGUCUAAUUUUGCAGGUGGUGUUUGGUUUGAUAUGACUUAUUCAUUCGAGUGCUGA